CAGUGGUGAAACACUGUUCACAAAUGUGCUGCUGUUAUUACCCCUCCAUCGGUGUGUGGCUUUUUCUUCUAUUUCAAGGAAAGUUCAUCCUGGGUCACAGAGUUGACAGCACCACAGAGUAUCGGGUUGCAACAUCCCUCCCAGGAUUUGGAAAUCUCACCCAGGGAUACAACAAAUAUCUCAGGCCAAACUUUGGUGGAGAGCCUGUGACGAUAGGCAUGAGCGUUAACAUUGCAAGUAUUUCCAGCAUAUCUGAAAGUGAUAUGAUGUUUUUGCAGUCCCAGGCACAAAAAUGCAGCUUGUCCCCCUGUUCCUCCACAGCAUCAGACUUCCCUGAUUCUGGUGGGAACCUCAGCAGCGACGGUUCGGCGAGCGGCAGCGGCGGCAGCAGCGGGGUGGCGUGUAAUGGUGGCGGUAGUCGAGGCGGUGAGCAGAAGAAAAAGGAGACGCGACAUCUAGCAGUUAACUCCUCCAUUGGGAGGCAAGGUGGGAACCUCAGCAGCGACGGUUCGGCGAGCGGCAGCGGCGGCAGCAGCGGGGUGGCGUGCAAUGGUGGCGGUAAUCGAGGCGGUGAGUGGAAGAAAAAGGAGAUGCGACAUCUAGCGGUGGACCGGCGGCAAAGGCGGAGCCAGGAAGGCGUGAGGACGCUCGGCGCAGGUGCGACGGAGCCUGAGGGACGGAGCCAGUGCCGCACCGAUGUGAUCAGCACGACGGAUGGAAUUACCACAACCGUUGCGUGUAACAUGGACCUGUCAAAAUAUCCUCUGGAUACGCAGACGUGUAGGUUGCAGCUGGAAAGCUGGGGGUAUGAUGAAAAUGAUGUCUUAUUCACAUGGCUGAGGGGAAACGAUUCUGUACGUGGCCUCGACAACUUGCGUCUCUCUCAGUACACAGUAGAGCACUAUUACACCUUUGAAACCAGGUCACAGCACGAAACAGGCAAUUACCCAAGGCUGAUUGUGCAGUUUGAGCUCAAGAGAAAUAUCCUUUAUUUCGUUCUGGAGACUUAUGUGCCAUCCACUCUGCUGGUCGUUUUGUCUUGGGUUUCUUUUUGGAUCACCCUGGAUUCAGUUCCUGCAAGAACAUGUAUUGGGGUGACAACGGUUCUGUCAAUGACCACCUUGAUGAUGGGCUCGCGGAACUCAGUUACGAAAACCAACGGUUUCAUCAAGGCCAUUGACAUUUACCUCGGCAUCUGCUUCAGUUUUAUAUUUGGCGCCUUAGUGGAGUACGCGUUCGCUCAUUAUGUUACGUCUCAGAAAGGCACAGCGAAUAAGCCACAAAUGGAUUCCACGAACAACGUCUCAAGAGAAACUGGAGAUAUCACCAUUGUUGACAUCCUGAACACUUCUGUUGCCAGCUACAAUAGAAAACUAAACUUUCCCACCUUUGAUAAUGACUUAACCAUUAACUCAAAGGGCAAAAUUGGGUUUAUCAUAAAGAACAAAAUGCGCAAAGCCAACAACUAUUUCACCAUUCACAAUCCCAGCAACAUCGAUCACUAUUCAAAGUUGCUGUUUCCUUUGUUUUUUAUGGUGGUCAAUUUGCUUUACUGGGCAUACUACUUGUGUUUUUAGAAAAGUGGGACGUGAGUUAUGCCUGCGUCAUCAUGCUGCAUUCCGGAGUUCACUCUCAGCUGGUGUGAAUGAUUUCAUGGACACUGAGUGGAUUGGGAAGUUCCUUUUCACUGGGAAUGGAAGGCCUAUUCAUAUGACUUCAGUAGCAUGUGGUGGCUUUGGGGGAAGCCUUGCGUGUGUGGCGCUCCCAGCUAUGGCAAGCAUGUUAUUAGGUGCUCUCACAUUUGGCCAAAACUCAGUGUUGACAGUGAUAUUCCAGAUCCUGUGCUUGUGUUUGAUUAACUCCCUUUGGGCUGAAGUAACUGGGAGCUAACAAGGAUGAGAUGUUUCCUACGUCUGCCAUAUGCUGAAACAAAUGUCCCUUCUGGCCUUAUAUUUCAAGGCUAUGUUAUCGGCUUGCCAUUUUUCUCAUGGGCCUUUUGCUGGGUCAACAUGACUGUUUUCAGCCUCAGGUUGUCUGAUGAUUGCUUCUAGCUGGUCUUAGGUAAGAUGAAUCAGCAUGACCUGCAAGGAAGCAGGGAGCUCUUUUUUCUUCUUUUUUCACAGCACACCAGGCAGAGGGAAUCUGAGCAUAAAAUAAAUGAUGU